AUGGCGCUCACAAAGGACCUCCUGCACCCCUCCCCCGAGGAGGAGAAGUGGAAGCACAAGAAGAAGCACCUGGUGCAGAGCCCCAAGUCCUACUUCAUGGACAUCAAGUGCCUGGGUUGCUACAAAAUCACCACGGUUUUCAGUCAUACCCAGACAGUUGUGUUGUGUAUCGGCUGCUCGACUGUGCUGUGCCAGCCCACUGGUGGAAAGAUGAGGUUAACAGAAGGAUGUUCUUUCUGGUGA